ACGGAAGUGGGUUCGCCGGUGGUAACGCGCGUUUUCGUUGGCCGUAUACAGGAGAAAAUGACGGUUGAUGUGCUGCGUAAAUUUUUCAACGAAGAGGCAGCCAAAAUUGAUUCAAGCGCUGUUACUGAUGUUUUCAUUCCACGUCCAUUCCGCUCAUUCGCUUUCGUCAACUUCUCGACCGCUGCAGUCGCCAAAGAAAUGAUCAAGCAGGGCGAUUUCAUCAUUGAAGGCUCAUCGGUAGCAGUGAGUGCUGCAGCACCGCGUGAAUCGGAAAUGUCACCACGAUACGGAAAUUUUGGAGUGGCCGGUCAGGGACGAACUACACGCCGAUUCGCUGACAAAUAUGGCUAUUCGCCAGACACUGGAGCUUUCCCGUACGAUCCGCUGGUGUCACGUUCGGUGGAUAAUUGGCGAGCCGGGACCUAUCGAUCACCGGAUACGCGUGGUACGAAUCGUUUUUCACCGGGCUACACCAAUUCACCGCGAUACACAACCCCGGGACGUGCGGGCACAAGUCAGGCGCUGGCUUCCGGUCUGGAUGCGCUGAGUUUGAACAAGAUGAACGUGAAUCCGGAUAUGGUGGAUGCUGCUUGGCAGGCAUUCUGGAGUACGCUGAGCAACAACAGUGGAGCUGCUGCUGCGGCUGCUGGUGCUGGUGCUAAUGCACCAGGCUCCGGUGCUGCAACAAAUCCUGGCGCGAAAUGGUAG